GCUUCACUGAUUUUGUGAUUGUGUAUAAACAGUUUCUUUAUAUUCCUAAAAAUCCUUAAAUAUGUUUAAUCUCUUUUCAUAAAUAAUUAACUGUGCGUAAAAUAAUACUUAUACACUUUAAAUGCGCAUAAACGCGUAAUUGUUUUCAAUAUGUCAACUAAAGACAAGUGGGUUCGCCGGUUCACCGUUGAUGAAACUGCAAAGCACAAAAAUGGAUUUACAAUUUACAAAAUUACUUCUGUCUUAUUCCCAUUGGAGUCUCCGGAAGCAGUAACAGUAGUGUCAGUAUGGAAACGUUACAGUGAUGUCCAGGCACUACAUGGCAGUAUGAAAGCUUUACAUUCCGGAUUACAUCUACGAGGAACAUUUCCUGUACUACCAAAGAAUAAUUACUUUAAGAGAUUUCAGUCUGAGGUUAUAGAAGAAAGAGCAAAAUCAAUAAAAACCUUACUUGAAUUUAUUGCAGAACAUAGACUGCUGUUCACUAGUACUGUUUUUGUCAAUUUUCUUCAAACGGGUUAUCCGGAGCCAGUUCCUCAGGGAGGAGUGAUCAAUGCCAUCAGAUCAUCUCUCCACCUGCCCAUUGAGGAGACACCACCGCUUGAGUAUCAAACAUCUGAUGAUGAUUCCCGCAGCCCUAAUAGUGCGAGAACACCACAAGAAAACAUUGAAUCUGCUAACAAUUUAGACAUAUCACAAAUACCAAUAUAUGAAGCAGCAGAUGUAGAACUACGACAAUCACCAAAAACCACACGGACGGACAGUUUUGAAUCUAUAAAUUCUAUAGAGAGCAUCAACAGCGAUUUCUACGACGAAUUGAAUAAAAUAAAAAUAGAUAAAACCAAACCGAGUGUUAAAACAAAGAACGUUUUACCGGAUUUGAUUAAUUUUGAUGCACCUUCAACUUCGAAUGCAUUAAAAUUUGAUGAUUAUCACACCAUGGGUACUGAAAUUGUUUCCGUUACGAGCGAUUCUCCCAUACGUGUGAAAGAAAUGGAGAAUAGUUACGUGUACGAAAGUCCGUUGUACGAUACGAACAACGAUGACGUAAGUGUGACGUCACGUGCAAUGGACACAGAGAUUGAUGGUGUUGCGUCUCUGUCUAGUGAAGUGCGUGUCAAAGACACGGAAAUAUACGAUGUCUCUUCUCUGUCUAGUGCAGUGCGUUUGAAAGAGAUGGAUAAAUACGAUGUCUCUUCUCUGUCUAGUGAAGUGCGUGUAAAAGAGACUGAGAUAUACGAUGUCUCUUCUCUGUCUAGUGAAGUGCGUGUAAAAGAGACUGAGAUAUAUGAAGAUGUCUCUUCUCUGUCUAGUCAAGUGCGUGUGAAAGAGACUGAAGAUAGUUACGUGUUUGAGGCAGGGUACUUGCUGUCUCUAGGUGCCAGGUCAGAGGAUAGUGGUCAGUACCGCCGCGCCUUCCAUUGCUACCGCGCGGGUAUUGAGAAGAUGCUUAUAGGAGUUAGAUCGGACCGUGACACUCAGAGACGUGCUAUAAUUAAGGAAAAGAUUAACAAAUACUUAAACUAUGCGGAGACCAUUUACAACAAUCAUCUCAUACAUAAUGAAGACAAUGAUGUGUCAGUGUUGGAGGAGGGUCUGUGCCCGCCGCCGCUGAGCAUGUUGAGCGGUGACAGUGCUGAGCUGGCACAGUACCGUGUGCUGGCUGUGCUCGGCCCCAAUGUAAUGCUCGUGUUGCACAAACAACUGCAGACAUACUAUGCUAUGAAGGUUAUAAGAAAAAUUCCACACAAUUUGACAGAAUUUGAUGAAUAUUUUAUGCAACGUACAAAUGAGACGAGGCAACCAAUACUGCCGACCCUCAUUCCGUACAUGGUGCCGUUACACGCGUACAUACAGACAGACGAUCUGAUAUUCCUAAUAUUAACAUAUGCACCGGGAAAAAAACUAUUUGAUUACAUAAAAGAAUAUAAAUCAGUAUUAAAUACUUCAAAUAGACAAGUUAAUUUGGAAAAUGUAUUCAAAGAACCUGUGAAAAAAAAUGAAAUCAAUGAUAAUAAUAAAAAUGAUUCGAUUUCACAAGAUAUUAAUGAAAAUAAUGAUUUGUCUGUUAAUGAUUUGGUGAGAAAUUCACAGAAGUUGUUACAAAAUGUUGAUAGAGUUUUGACUGAAGUUGGUAAUGAGAAUGUUGAAAAUGUCAAAGAAAUGAAAGGAAAUGAUACGAAAAUAAAUGAAAUUCAGACUAAUUUAAUAAAUAGGGCGUUGCCGGACAGCGCCAUCUGUUGUUGGGCGGCGCAGUUGCUGGUCGCUAUAGAGGCGCUGCACAACUGCGGCGUCGUGUGUGUAGACCUCAACCCGCGUAACAUUCUCUUAGGUGAGAGGGGUCAAAUAAUUCUGACAUACUUCAUCCACUACCCCGGUGUGGAGAUGUCAGUGUGCAAGACGCGAGAUGUCAACAUGUACGUGGCGCCUGAACUUUACUCUGACGUGUUCCUUGACACUGACACUGACAGAGAGGGGAGGGAGGGGAGGGAGGGGGUGUGUGACUUCUGGAGCUACGGCGCCGUAUUGUAUGAACUUAUAUGUGGAGUGCCGCUGUCGUACUAUCACUGGUCGGUGUUCACCUCACACACGUUGCUGCAGCUGCCCGACACACUGCCGCUGGAGGCGCGCUCGCUGCUCACACAGUUACUGACAUCAGAGCCCUCACAACGUCUGGGCGGAGGACGCGCCGGCGUGCAGGAGAUCAAACAACAUCCAUACUUCAGAGGUGUGGACUGGACCCGAGUGCGCAGCGCAUGGACUGUGCCUCGCUGAGGCAACUGACCGUACUGCGCGAAGAAACUACUUCAUACCUC